CAACCGAGUAGAAAGCAAUCCAACACAAAACAUCAUUUGAUACCUCGCGGCUCCAUAGUUUCACGCGCAGUUAAUGUGGUUAAGUGGUCAGCUAUGCCGGGUGUCUCUAUUGUUUCGAUGUGCGUUCACAUUGUGUCACAAUCAUCGGCCCGUGACCAGAGUGCAAACUGCGAAAAACAACAAGUGAGAAAUUGUAUCUAGUUGUCGGCAGCGGAGGCGAAAAACUGAUGGAAAAAUGUAAACCACCGCAAGAAAAGAAAGUGUGUGUGCGUGUGCACCAUUUCGCGCGGCCCAAGUAGACCGUGUGGUUCUCAAUGCCGUCCGGCGGCCGGGCGCGCGCCGCACGCGAAAUCAAUUUGGGCACAUUCCGGUGGUCGCAAAAGUUUUACGCCGGGCGCAUCCGGCGCGCUACGGCCCGAACGGUACUUACCGCGCGGGGAGAGCGUGUGUGUGUGCAGUAGGGGGACCCGAAAGCGGCGGACACAGGUGGAAGAAGCGCUUCAAGGUUGGGAAGGUUCAAUCCGGCCGACGAUGGGACAUGCUCGCCGUUUCUGUUCGCAUUUUGAUUCAGGUGUGAUGUUGGCUUAGUCGGUGUCGGUGGUACGACGACGGACGCGUGAUUUCCCGCUCACUCCGCUCGCGCGAUUUGUUUGUCACUCAUUCAAAACUCACGAGCUAAUGCAUGCGCAUCAUCAAAGAGCAAAGAGAGUCAAUCAAGUUUUGCAAAGCCAGUGUGGAAAUCGAGUCAGAUUCGAGUCACAAAUGCGAGCGGCCAGCGACGAGCACAACGGUAAAUUAAAUUAUUAACGCAGGCACCGUUAGUAUUUAAGUUGGCGUUUUGGAAUAUUUUCAUUCACGAAUGCUAGAAGAGAAAUUGCAUCGUCGCAUCUAAUCCAGCGCAACAACCCGACAAGUUAUACUUCAAUCAGAUUCGUGAUUCAAAAUGAAGCGAUUGCGACUGAUAUGCCUGCUGGCGAUCAUUCAGCUCGCGCUGGGUCAAGAGCAAGACGAUGCGUUGACCGAUCCGACUGUCGCCACGGACGACAGCAGCAAGAUCAGCUUCCAAGAUACGUCCAUUGCCGAGCAGAGGCACUACCAGCCGUCGAUUCACAACUACAACACCGAGCAGCAAUUGACUCCCUCCACUGAGAACCUCCAGCUGAACUUCAAGUACCACAACUAUGAGCAAAUGACGAAGUACUUGCGGGCGAUGAGCUCCCGCUUUCCAUCGUUGACCGCAUUGUACUCCAUUGGAAAGUCCGUCCAAGGAAGGGAUUUAUGGGUGAUGGUCGUGUCUGCCUCUCCGUACGAGCAUAUGAUCGGUAAACCGGAUGUCAAAUAUGUCGGUAACAUCCAUGGUAACGAGGCGGUCAGUCGCGAAGUCCUUUUGCAGUUGAUUCAUUACCUUACCACGAAUUACAAUAGCGAUCCCUACAUAAGAUGGCUGCUGGAGAACACCCGUAUUCAUAUUAUGCCUUCCAUGAACCCCGAUGGUUUCGAGGUGAGCAAGGAGGGUACCUGCGAGGGUGGCCAAGGACGAUACAACGCACGCGGGUUUGACCUCAACAGGAACUUCCCGGAUUACUUCAAGCAGAAUAAUAAGCGUACCCAACCGGAAACCGAUGCCGUCAAGGAGUGGGUCUCGAAAAUACAAUUCGUGCUUUCGGGAAGUCUUCAUGGCGGGGCACUGGUUGCCAGUUAUCCGUUUGACAACACUCCCAAUUCUCGAAUGUGUCGGUCAUCCGCCUUGUGUUCCUUGUUCCAGGCGUAUUCGUCGGCACCUUCUCUAACACCUGAUGAUGAUGUCUUCAAGCAUCUUUCCAUGACGUAUUCCACCAAUCACGCAAAAAUGAGUCGCAAUGUUGCGUGCAAGUCAAAUGCUCCAUCAUUCAAUAAGGGUAUUACCAAUGGUGCUGCAUGGUACCCACUCACUGGGGGUAUGCAGGACUACAACUACGUUUGGUUUGGUUGCAUGGAGAUCACAUUGGAGAUCUCCUGCUGCAAGUUCCCGCCAGCUAGCGAACUGCCCAGAUAUUGGGAGGACAAUAAAAUGGCUUUGAUUAAAUUCCUUGCUGAGGCACACCGCGGUGUUCAUGGUUUCGUAAUGGAUGAAAACGGCAACCCUGUUGAGAAGGCUUCCCUGAAGGUCAAGUCCCGUGAUGUUGGCUUCCAGACUACCAAGUACGGUGAAUUCUGGCGUAUUCUUCUUCCUGGAAUCUACAAAUUGGAGGUCUAUGCUGAUGGUUACGUACCAAAAGAAGUCGAAUUCAUGGUGGUUGACGAACACCCAACUCUUCUAAACGUCACUCUUCAUCCUGCCAAGGUAGGUUUGAGACGCGAUGGACCUUAUUAUAGGCCGGGUCCCAACCAGCCUAAUUACGUCCAGCAGUCGUCGGCCGUCUACCAUCGGGGCCCACCGCAGCACCUGCCGCAUGUGCAUCCCCCGCAGCAGGAUACCGCCGAGUCCGGCAUCUUCUCCACCAUUAGCAACGGUUUCAACAGUUUCGUCAGCAAUAUUUUUGGAUAGAUCUAUUUAACAUAUCCCAGUUUCCCAGUUGGGGAGAUACGUAGCGUAGGUAUUUAUUAUAUGUGUGAUUGCAUUGUGAUGCAUUGUGCUUAGUUAUUUAUGUAAUGGCGUUACGAUUUGUCGCGGAUAUUGAGAUAGGCGUAAGAAUCGUUGGGGUUUUAAGCCAGGGAUUAAGAUGGGCCUGUCUUAACGUUGAAGGCUAGAUGGUUUUAUAAAGUUAUGCUAAUAUAUGUUGAUGUUGAUAAAUAAAACAUAAAACAAUUUUAAAGUUCACAA